CCUCCGUUCACUCUUCAGCGGCGCGGCCCGCGAAACCUUCAACCACCUCGCCUCAAACAACAACAACAACAACAAAACGUUAACCCGUGUGAUUAACUACAAACAACAACAACAAGCAAACAAGCCGACGCCGAACGAUGUUCGCGUACGUCCGUUUCGUGGAAGACAAGGACUGUCAGAUCGUGGCCGCCUCCACCAUCAUCGGCUUCGCUCCCUGCUCUGAGGAGGACUUUGACGCGACUCGUGUGUACGCCGUGCACUCGCAUGGCGUGAAACAGGAGGUCAACAUCGUGGCGAUGGCUGAGAGCGAGACGCAGCUGGAGGAGGUGGUGAAGCGGAUGCAGAUUCCAGGGAUUCUGGACGGGAGCCCGACACCUGCCUCGGCCGAGGAGCUCGGCUCACAGGAGGACGAUGAGGACAGCGAUGAGAUCCUCCAGACGCACAGAGAAGGCAAGCGCAAGCGUCACGAGGAAGGCGCGGAGCGCGCUGUCAGCGAGAAGGUGGUGCGCAAGAGCCGCGGCGGCAAGCGCCUGCAGCUGCUCUACCCCGUCGGCAUGGAGACGGCGACCGCCGCCGCCGCGAGCGACGACGGAGACGAGGACGCCGGCGGCACGGUGCCGCAGCUGUUGUACCGGGAGUCCGUUCAGAACUACCGGAACACCAAGGUGUCGCUGCAGAAGUCCCUUUUGGAGCUCGAAAUGCUCAAAAAGGAAAACGAGGAGCUUCGUCGCAUGAACAAGAACCUGCAGGAGGCGCUCGUGCGCAAGAUCUUUACAGCUCCAGGAAUUGACUCGACACGAGUUUACGGCAGCAAGGGGAGCUCCGCCAACGCCUCCUCGUCGGGGAACGGCGCCGAUGAGGCUGCGCUGCAGGCUGCGGACAACGGGCAGCAGUUGUCUGAAGAAACGAUGACGCAGUGCAGCGCCGUUCUAAGCAAACAGAGCUCGCAGCAGUCAACAGGAACGAGCGGUAUGCAGGGGAGCGGGAAUCCCAUGAUGCAAAACGACAUGCAGUUCCUCAUGGGCAUGAACAACGCCAUGCAGAUCCUCAUGGCCAUGAACAACGGAAUGCCCUUCCCGCCCGGCACUCAGCCCGCCUUCCCAGGUGCAACUGGCGGUUGCCCCACCAUGGCCAUCGGGGGGCGGGGAGUGGGCAGUUUUCGCGGGGAGCGCGGGCGAGGAGGCUACGUCAUAGACAUGUCCAAGAAGCCCAUCUGCAGGCAUUUUGCCCAGAAGGGCGGCUGCCGCUACGGAAACACGUGCGCCUUCUACCACCCCGGCAUGAAUGGACCCCCCCUGCCCUGAAGAUGAGGAAGAUGAAGAGAGUGGUGGUGGGGGGGGGGAGGUGGCGGCAGAUAUUCCAUCGGUCCGCGUAUUCCUCUGGUUACUAUCUCAUUCGGUGAGGAGCAGCCUCUAAUGAUACUAUGAUAAUUUUUUAAAUAAAUCUCUUAAUCAGGGACCACACCCGAUUAAGUCAAUCGCACAGCCGUAGUUGCGUGAAACUAAAUUGCGUUCAUGCCGAUGUAGCCCCAACUGCUGUUGCGUGUGGCGGUUGUGCAACCGGUAGACGCAAACUGUUGAUCUCCGUGACGGUCCAUCGCUUGCACAAAUUUGCGGACGCGCAAGGGACCGGUUUUUGCAAUCCUGACGUGGUGGACGGGGGCGGGCGGGGGGUGGGGGGCGGUGGUUAGGACGAACCACGGCCCAACGGGACGCGUCGUCCACGUUGGGGGGGGUGCAACCGCUCGCUCGGAAUUCGGACAGUGGUUCGGUGCAACGGUUGAGAGAGAAAGCGAUCCGUUCGCACGGCUGAUCGCUUCGUAGGGGUGGGGUAUGGGGGUGGUAGAGCCACCCCCUUGAGUCGCUCUCAAGGUCACUCGCCCGCUAACUCGCCCGCCUACUCGCCCGCCCACUCGCAACCUCGACUCUCUCCGGAAUGCCCCGCCCGUUUUCGUCCCAGCGCGCGGCGCCCGCCGUUCCGAUGAUUGUAGAAGUGAUGGUGACGAGUUAACGAAUCGUAGAUUUUAUUUUGUGUGGGAAAGCCCCCUGCACACACCGCCCCGCCUCCCCCUUCCUCCCUCCCUCCGCAAUCGGAAUGAACGUGUCCCCCACGCACCGGGCAAAGGAAGGGGGGGAGCAUAGGAUACUGCCGCCAGCGAAGGUGGAAGUCCACGCGCCUGCUGUUGCUGUCUGGCAUCCCGAUUCGAACUCGCGGCGAUUCCUCGUUCAACUUGGCAGACGCGUCCGCGAAAGAGCGCCGCGCGUUUCCGAGCGAAAAACAUUUUCUCCGCAGAGGAAUCUCGCCGAACCCGGCGAAGUUUGGCGAGAUGCGACCGAAACAUCGUAACGGGUGAAGUUUUAUGCGAGAUGCGGCCGCUAGGAAAACCGCCUCGUGGCGACGAGCCGCGUGAACUGUGCCCGUACGUUCGCUCUCGCUCGCGUUGUGCCGGAGGUGCAGUGGAAGCCGGAUUGCGUAGUAAAAAAACACGCCGGCCCCCGAGAGCGACCUCGUGACCUCGCGACCUCGCGACCUGCGCUCCCCCCCCGCACACCUCGCCUGCGUAACGUCGGCGACCCGCGCGGUCGCCGAUUAUCGGGGAAGCGUGCUGAAUGUGUUCGGUUACAACUAGGCCUCGGCAAGGUAAGGUGAUUGUACCGUUUUUACCGGGUACAAGGGUAAAGGUAAAGGUGUCGACAUGCCAAGGGGUAAGGGUAAAGGGUAGGGUAAAAGGAAGGCUCGUUGCUUUUUACCUGUUACCUUACCUGCUCAAGGGUAAAAUGUAGGGUAGAGUGAUUGUAUUGUGGUAAGGUAAAAGGUAGGGUCAAGGUAGCCUCGUUGUUUUUACACUUUUACCUUACCUUGCCGAGGCCUAGUUACAACUGCGCUGACGUUCGGCUCUUUAAGUUGCCUUGGGUUGAAGUGACGUGCUGAUUCACUUCCAACCCAGGUUUUGGAAGACUCUUUCCUUUCGUGGGUCGCCGCUGGGCUCCUGUCAAGAAGAGAUUCGGGGUUCUUCCAGAUUACAUUUUAUUUUUUCAAACGAAGCCGCUGGUUGUAACUUUUAACCUUUACCCACGAGCCCCCACCCCCCCUUUUUUUUGUCAAUCCUGAGAGCCUCUCUCCACACCCAUCGCCACGCGUGUCGGUGCGGGUUAAUGAGGAGUACAGAACAACAAUGGGUGUCCCACCCCCCCCACCACUCUCUGGACCGGAUAUCCUGCCACCCACAGCUUCUCGGCACGCACUCUUUGACACCUCGUUGGUGCCUGGUGCCAGAUCCAUCCAGGCACUGACGAGGCUCAACGCCCCUUCGCUUAAGUCUCCUGAGAUGCGAUUAUGUGCAUAGGGCAUCGUCACUGAUGUGCCUGCUAGAGGUGUGGAGUUGCAAUCGGCGUCCCGGCGAAAACGGAGCUUCGUACUGCCCCCGUCGGCUUGUUUUUUGGUCAAAAUGAAAUGUCAUUUUAAUAACGGAUCCGUUUGCGGAAGAGAAUCACUUUGUCGGCGUUUCUGGCGUCUUGUCGCUGGGUUUCCACGUUUACGUGCGUUUUAUUUGGACGGGAGGUUUAAUGAAAUAAAAAAUACCAACUGAUUGAAUUGAUUGGGAGAAAAAAAUGAAAAAUUGUGUACUUCCACGAAAAAAAUCUACGAUGGUAUUAAAAUAAAAUGUACAGGCCUUGUGGCAAUCCACUGCUGGAUGAGUGUCUCUCUCCCCCCCCUCCCCUUCCCCGUGCAGGUGGCGGUGAUGAUCACACUUUGUCGGUCUGUGUGAAUGGGUGUAGGUUCGAAGCGUAUGUGCGACUUGCCGCAGUACAGCAAACGGAUUUUUUUUUGCUGCACUGCCAUUUUUGCUCGUAAUUAAAACAAAUUGAAACCUU